AUGGCGACUGAAAAGCCAGAUAAGCUGGCGGUCCACGUUAGAUCGGUCGAUAUGACUGAGGAUAUGCAGCAAGAGGCUAUUGAAGUUGCAACGGAAGCUAUGGAGAAAUUCCACAUGGAGAAGGACAUCGCACAACACAUCAAAAAAGAGUUCGACUCACGCAAAGGCGCUACAUGGCACUGCAUAGUCGGCCGCAACUUUGGCAGUUUCGUAACUCACGACAUCCAGUCAAGACUUGACGGAUACGAAAAUGUUCGAGCACAAUGCGGAAACGCAUACUGCAGAAGCUGGGAUGCACAUUGCGAGACGAGAUGGCCUUUUUUCACAAUCUGCUUUAUUGGAAUAGCGAAAUGGAAAUACCUCCCCAACAUAAUGUCCACCAUCGCAAAAGCAGUCUACAAUCUCCCACUGAGCUGGUCCAAUACCGUCGUGGGAUAUCUGACUUCCUUCCCUCCCGACUCGGAUGCACUACAUCUGGUACCAUUCGAAUUCGACGAAAUCAGACUCUCCCGUUGGGAAGCCUCUUUUCGCGCUAUUGCAUCUUACCAGCAACGAAAAGAACAAGAAAAAGGGCAAUUUCCGAUCAGAAUCUUCUUCGGCGCAAAUGACCAUUGGGUCGACAAUGAGCUUCGCGACGCAUUUAUAUAUCAAUAUUGUGACGCCAGCGGACCCCUGGCGUUCGGCAAAGAAGCGCUAGACCUCAAGGCGAGGAUUGAUCCGAGUAGAGAUGGGGAUGAGGGGAGUGUGGUGAUUCCGCAUGAUUUUUCGAUUGGGCAUAGUGAGCAUGUGGUUCCUUAUGUGGCCGAGUACGUACAGGAAAUCAUCGGCAACAAGAUAUAG